CAAUGCUCUUUUCUAUAGUACAAAAUAUUAGCAUCUCUUCUAGUUAUCUUCUAACUAGAGACCAAAAUUAAUUAAAAAUGUUUUCAGAAACUCUUCGUUUGGCUGUUGCUGUUCUUGGCAAUGCUGCAUCGGUUUCACUUUAUGCUGCGCCAAUGGUUACAUUCAAAAGGGUGAUAAGGAAGAAAAGCACAGAGGAAUUUUCAUGCAUUCCUUACAUGAUUGGAUUGUUGAACUGUCUCCUUUUCACAUGGUAUGGGUUACCUAUUGUGAGCUACAAAUGGGAAAAUUUUCCUGUUGUAACGGUUAAUGGAGUUGGAAUUGUUCUUGAGUUUUGCUACGUGGUCAUUUAUUUCUGGUAUUCUUCACCCAAAACAAAGGUGAAGGUAGCUAUGAUUACCACAUUUGUUCUAGCUGUGUUCGGCGUAACUGCAGCAGUUUCGGCUUUUGUCUUACACGAUAGUCCUCAUCGAAAGCUACUCGUUGGUAGUGUGGGAUUAUGUGUUUCUGUUGCAUUGUACGGUUCUCCUCUCGUUGCAAUGAAGAAAGUUAUAAAGACAAAGAGUGUGGAGUUUAUGCCAUUGGCGUUAUCUCUGUGUGCUUUUUCUGCUAGUGUAUUAUGGUUAGCUUAUGGAAUUCUCGUUCGAGAUGUAUUCGUCGCGGGUCCGAGUGUGGUUGGAACUCCAUUGAGUAUUUUGCAGCUUGUGAUAUACUUCAAGUACAGGAAAGAGAGAGUUGUGGGUGAAGCUAAAAUUGGGGAUUUGGAAAAGGGUGGGUUAGAGUUAGAGAAUGUGGUGGAGUUAGAUUUGGAAAUGGGGAAAGUGGAAAAGAUUGUCACAAAAUGUGAACAAUGUUGAGAGGGAAAAGGUUCGAGAUUUAAGAGAGUUAUUUAUGUUCAUAUUCCUUCUUUAGUGCGUUUUUUCUUUCUUUAACUGUAAGAGAAUGGGUGUAGUAAUCAAAUCAAAUUCUUUGUUCUCUUAAAUGCUUCCUUUUCAUGUGAAUGGAGUUUAUAUAUGUUACUUUCGGCCAAUAUUUUACUUAAAUUUAUC